UCACGCCGUGCGUAUCCGUUCGUGUGUCGCUCGCUUCUCUCUGUAUUGGGAAAAAAGCCCAGUGCGGAUAGCAGCUAUGUCAGUCCAGGCUGUGGCAGCGAAAAUGUCCGAGAUCGACGUGGCCGGUAAAGAUCCUUCCCCUGCGAUUUCUCCAUUGACACCUAAGGCGGAGGAGAAAAAGAGCGAAAAUAACUCAUCCACGCCGUUAUCGGCCGCGGCAGUAGAGCCGAGCCCGGUGAUCGCCGCACCGAACCCAGUGAAGAUGCCGCAGGUGUCCGCUAUGAAGCGACCAGACCCGCAGCAGAAUGGCGGUGAGGCGUUCGUCAACUGCGACGGCACGGUGGCCGAGGCCCCGCGAAUGAAGAAGAUCCAGUUUGCAGACCAAAAGCAAGAGUUCAACAAACGUCCCACUAAAAUCGGACGCAGAUCUCUGUCUCGCUCUAUUUCUCAGUCCUCUACAGACAGCUAUAGCUCUGCUGCCUCUUACACUGACAGCUCCGAUGAUGAAACAUCACCACGGGACAAACAGCAGAAAAACUCCAAAGGCAAUGGAGACUUCUGCAUCAAGAACAUCAAACAGGCUGAUUUCGGACGCAGAGAGAUCGAGAUCGCUGAGCAAGAAAUGCCAGCUCUCAUGGCGUUAAGGAAGAGAGCUCAGGGAGAGAAGCCAUUGGCUGGAGCCAAAAUCGUGGGUUGCACCCACAUCACUGCUCAGACUGCUGUGUUAAUGGAGACCCUGUCUGCUCUGGGCGCUCAGUGCAGGUGGGCUGCGUGCAACAUCUACUCCACCCAAAACGAAGUAGCAGCUGCCCUGGCCGAGGGAGGUUUCUCAGUGUUUGCCUGGAAGGGUGAAUCAGAGGAUGAUUUCUGGUGGUGUAUUGAUCGCUGUGUUAAUGUUGAAGGGUGGCAGCCCAAUAUGAUUUUAGAUGAUGGAGGUGAUUUGACCCACUGGAUUUAUAAGAAAUAUCCCAACAUGUUCAAAAAGAUCAAGGGCAUCGUAGAGGAGAGCGUGACUGGAGUUCACAGGCUGUACCAGCUGUCAAAGGCUGGCAAAUUGUGUGUUCCUGCUAUGAACGUUAAUGACUCUGUGACCAAGCAGAAAUUUGACAACCUGUACUGCUGCCGGGAGUCCAUCUUGGAUGGUUUAAAGAGGACUACAGAUGUAAUGUUUGGAGGAAAGCAGGUGGUUGUGUGUGGAUAUGGAGAGGUUGGAAAAGGCUGCUGUGCUGCUCUCAAAGCGAUGGGCUCCAUUGUUUAUGUCACUGAGAUCGACCCCAUCUGUGCUCUGCAGGCCUGCAUGGAUGGCUUCAGGCUGGUCAAACUCAACGAAGUCAUCCGACAGGUCGACAUCGUCAUUACCUGCACAGGUAACAAAAAUGUGGUGGUUAGAGAAUACAUGGACCGAAUGAAGAACGGUUGUAUCGUCUGCAACAUGGGCCACUCCAAUACUGAGAUUGAUGUGGCCAGUCUGAGGACUCCUGAGCUGACCUGGGAGCGGGUGAGGUCACAGGUUGACCAUGUCAUCUGGCCUGACGGAAAGCGAAUAGUAUUGCUGGCAGAGGGUCGCCUACUAAACUUGAGCUGCUCCACUGUUCCUACCUUUGUGCUGUCCAUCACUGCUACUACCCAGGCUCUGGCUCUGAUAGAGCUGUACAAUGCUCCUGAAGGCCGCUACAAACAGGAUGUUUACCUGCUGCCUAAGAAAAUGGAUGAAUAUGUGGCCAGCCUACAUCUCCCUACAUUUGAUGCACACUUGACCGAACUGACAGAUGAACAGGCCAAAUAUCUUGGCUUGAACAAAAAUGGACCCUUUAAGCCAAACUACUACAGGUACUAAAUCCAAUCACAGAUGGGAAACAAAGACUCCACAAAAUAAAUUAUCAAGACUUCACAAUCCAUAAAGAUGAAGGCAGACACAACUGUGUAACAGGCUGCCUUUGGAGGGGAGGGAAAAACUUCAAGCUGAUUGGUUGGGGGUGAAGGGGCGUGGCUAAUUAGCACUGUGGCAGUGUUUAUGUAUUUUAUGCUAGAAUAACAUAGCUAAUCUUUUAAUGAGCUGCUACUGCCAGCGGUGCAACCUAGCGACGUUUCAGUGGAAAUUUCACCAGGUUUAAUCUUUUCUUAGCUUCAGUGUCAGUUGUACGUAAUCCAUUUAGAGAUCUUUAAUUGUUUAACUAUAAUUAAGCUGUGGCGAAACAAAAAAGUAAACUAAAGAAAGUGUGUGAUCAUACCUGAUCAUUUAGUUAUGGACAUGUCACAUGUCCUUUGUUUUUCUACACAUGACUUUUUUCCUUUAUAUGAAACGGUGGGUGGGACAGGAUUACAAUUGGGCGCAGAAGUUUGCUUUUUUCUUUUAGUUGAUCAAGCUGUUUGUCAAAUUUCUUUUAUUUUUUAAAAACUUGUAUUAAUUUUUACAACAGAUUUUAACCUUUUGCGCUCUCAAUUCUAAAUAAAUCUGUUAAAAUUUAACUGGAUUGUGAAGGAUUUGGGGGCGGGGCUUAUCCCCAGCCUUUACUUAGGCUGGAAUUUAAUCACCUCAGUGACAUCAGCGUCUAAAAAUUUUCUCUCCAUUUCCGCACGCUCUUUCCAUACUGUUCUCAUCUGCUAAGCAAUGCCAGUAUUGUUGUUUGAGAUUAAAAUGCUCAAACUGUGCAUUUAGAAAUUUACUGUCUUGUUAGAUCCACAUUACUGCUGAAACUCAUCAGACUGUAAUCACUGGUGUAUAUUAAGAUAUUUAUACAAAAUGAUUUUUUUUAAUCUUCUGUUAUUCAUGUUUGUUCUUAUGAGCUCAUCUUCUGUCAUGAUAAAAAUAAGCAAUUAAAUGUUAAAUAAUACUCUAGUGUAAUAUUACAUUUAACGAAACCCUUGUUUUAUAUACUGUGAAGCAGAGCUUAUAUCAAUGAAAUACCAAAUGUACAGUUAAUUCGGUACUGAGUUUCUUUCCAGGUCAUUAACUGAGGCCAAGAACAACUUGUGUACUCUUUUUAGAUGUUAGAAGGAUAGAUCUUGAAGUAAACGUUUUAGUUCUGCUGCCUUUGUUACUGGGUAUAUUCAGAUGUAAUAAAAUCGGGACCUUUAUUUUACUAUAUUUCUGGAAAUCUUUAUGACAUAUAUUUAUCUCUUUUCUUGCCGUCUGUGUUUGUCAUAAAGAGAAUCAAACUGAUGGUCUGUUUCAUGUUUAAUGUGGCAUUGUUUCCCUUUGUUCUGAAAUGUUUUCCACUUCCACAGUAGAUCUGUGUCAUAUUUAUAUCACCUGAUGUUAAUUAGCUAAUGGAAUUGAUGCAGUUCAAAAGGGAUUUUACCCAUUUUUAUCUCUGGAUAACGCAUAAAAUUAGUAACUGAGGCCGUUUUUAGCUUUGCACAACCCUAAAGGCAUAUAACCUGGUCAACAUGAGGUGUUUCCAAACUUCAGAAAUGUAAACUUGGCUUAUCCCAACAAACAAAAACUAAUUAAAUUCAUCUUUACUAUUACAUUGUUAGCUUGUUGUGCUCUUGUAAUGUGUCCAGUCAACUUUAGUAUAAAAAAUGUAAAUGGAUUUACUACCCAUAUCCCCAUCAUAUCCCUAUUGUCACUUUUUCAGUCUUUAUCUGCUUAACACACAGUCCUUGAAGCACAUCUGUUGUGUACGUCUUGUUUAAAUGUUUAAACCCAUUGUCUUAAUUUUUUAAGGUGUGUGUGUGUGUGUGUGUGUGUGUGUGUGUGUGUGUGUGUGUGUGUGUGUAUGCAUUAGAGUGUUUAAAGAGGCUCACAUGUCCAAACUCGGAUGUCUUCAGAGGCCAAGACUUCAUCUCUGUGUUGCAGUUAAGCGUGAUGGUCUUGUAAGGAGCACAUGAGAUCAGCACCAGCACCUCUUACAGACAACGAACGUUGACAUACGAACUAAAAACAACUGUAUUUAUUGUAAGUCGUCACUAGGAAUUUGAAAGUCUUUUAUGAUGAGUUGUCAACUGUUUUAAUAUUGCAACCGAUGGUAGAUGAGCAAUAAUCUGUAAUCUUGAAGAACAAAUAAAGACAAGAUAAGUACAACUGA